AUGACCGUUAUUUGGGUCUCCCGGUUUUGCCGUGCCAUCAAGGCUCCAGAGACGGCAAAAAGAUAUUGGAAUGCCACGUUUGGAAUCCUUAUGGUACCGUUGGUUCAGCUCGCGGUUGUACCAAUUCAAAUCGUGUUCGAUGCCCGAGGAAUUAAUCUCCCUGCAUCCAUCUUGGUUAUGACCAUACUCACAAUCGUCAUGCUUUCCAUUAAUUUUAUGUCUGAAAGUGUCAAUCUAUUUUAUACGGCCCACAUGAAAGGCCCAACCGAUUUCUUGGGUCGCCACAUGUCAUUUGGAUUUGUGGCAAGCUUUGUUAUGCUGAGCAAAGAGCACAUAAAAAAUGCCACAGAUAUUCCACGCAUAGCAGGAGCCUUUGUGGUCACAACACUCCUAAACUACAUCGGUUGUUACAUUUUUGCCGCCAGUAGUUUCAGAGUUGAAGAACGAUUCAGACGUCUCAAUAAGCGACCCAAAGAUAAUGAGAACAGGACUCAACAGUCCAACAACCCAUCGCGCCCCUCACAGCGGGAAUCAAAAAUCAACAAGCUUGCUGACAUAAUUGUCAGUAACGGAUCGUUGACAUCCAUUCAAUCAUCACAUGCUUCAUCUUUUACCGUCGAAUUUGUAGUGCGAACAUUCCCUCUCUGGGUCACUCUUGUCAUCCUUAUCACCAUCGGCCUCCCUAUUUACUGUGCCAUGAGCUACGACAUGCCGUUUGAAGCUUUUUGUUUCACCUUCAUCUGGAUUACGGCCGUUCACUUCCAGCGUUACAUCAAGUCAUACAAGUCUCUCGGGGUACGACCUAAGACUAGAAGGUUCCUGUCGGUCAUAUUCAACCCUGUUCUGGCAACUUCGGCACUCUGCACUGUUUACUUCUGGGUCAAGACUGUAACGACUUACCGUGACAUUGGUGCUAUUCUGGACGACUUCAAGCGACACAACUCAUGGGCCGCUAUUGUCGUCUGUCUGAUCAGGGGCGGCGGAUUUACCCAAAAUGUCGGCGCUGGUGAUCUUGCCCACGCCAUCCUCGAUGCCGGCAUCGUCUCCCUCGGUUUCAAGAUGUUCGAACAUCGUCGUGAGCUCUGGGACAGCUUCGCCACUGUACUAUCCACUUGCCUCGUUUUUGCAACCUUGAACGUUUUUAUCAAUGUCAUCUUGGCUCGCGCCAUGGGUCUCCGACCGGCUGACGCUCUGGCCUUCUGCGCCCGUAAUGUUACCAUCGCUCUUGGAGUACCUGCUGUCCAGGGCCUCGAGGGUAGCACUACGCUCAUGGCUUCUCUGGUAACUUUUAGUGGUAUGCUCUUCCAGAUGACGGGCGACCUUCUCUUCUCUUGGCUCCGCAUCAACGAUCGACGACCGGCGGCCAACGUAUCCUGCUCGUUGAGCAAGAACGAGAAGGAAAUGGAGUAUGUAGAUAGAAACGAGUAUAAGGUCAUCGCUGCAGGUGUUACGGUGGGCAUCAACGCAGCCGCCAUGGGCACAUCGCACCUCAUUGAGAGGGAUUCUCGAAGCACUGCUUACUCGGCUCUCAGCAUGACCCUGUUCGGUGCAUUUACAGUGGCCGUAACAGCUGUGCCUGCUAUUGCAGACGCGUUGAAGAUGCUGGCUGCACGCUGA